AUGACCGUUUGCGUGGACACAGACUUAAUAAAUUUCGCGACUUUUGACGAUACCAUUAAGAUGACAUAUAAAUCCAAACAACAUUCCAGCGAAAAGAGUUCAAGUCGUAAGAAUAUUGAUAAAAGGGACACACAUUCCAAUCGCCACAAAUCUAAACAUAAAAGUGUGUCCCCCAAACGUCGUAUCGAACAUAGAGAAUCGUCCUCUAGGUCUCAUCAUAGAGAGAAACGCGAAAUAGACAAAAGGGAAGAAUCCAAGUCCGAUGGACUAUCAUUUAACAAGGGAUACUUUCUAGAAAAGGUAGAAUCCAGCGAGCUACAAAAGGAAUUCGAACUAUCAAACUACAGCAAGGCUUAUGGAUUAGAUCUGUCUGGUUUUGUAGGACUUUCUUCGGAAAUAUUAAGUAUAGGAUCCAUAUCCAAGGAUAAGGAAUACACCAAAGCUGAGAGAAAAAAGUUUAGAGAAGAAGAAAUUAAGUUACACAAGGAUCGCUUUUGGAAGUGCAAAAAGUGUUCAUUCAUGAAUUAUUUGUCAAACUACGCCUGUAUGGGUUGCAAGGGGUUGAAGGGAGCAUGUUCCUCGCGCUAA